CCGCUGUAUAGUGCAGACCACGUGGAAUGAGUUGGAUCUCGGAGGCGAGCGAAUGCUCCAAAUUAGAGCUGCUUUUCAAACCACGCUUUGAAUUCAGGAUUUAAGGAACCAAAGUGUCAGCAUCCCUUUUUCCUCCCCCCUCUGCAGUUUUGUUUUUCACAGAGGAAAUCCUAAAUGCAUUAACACAUAACUUGCCCGUGCUGGGUUAGACCCCAGCGGUAAAAUCCGUUCUGCCCUGCCCGCAGGCUGCCUGCAGAGCUCUGAGCCUCCUGCAAGCUGCCCCUUUGCAGCCUCAGCAGCCCCCAUCCUCAAUCCUGCAAAUGCAUCCCCUUGCCGGGCGAGGGUCGGGAUGUGAACAUGCAUCCCGAGUGUCCCCGAAAACCCAGGUGGGGUGCUGGCUGGGUCGGGAACACCGUCACAGGGGAGGAGACGAUGUUGACUCGCGUUGUUAUAUUUCGGGUGUGAGAUAAACAACUUCUUUCUCUUGCGUUUAGGUCAGUGGUGGAGCAUGGUCCAGCCAGCCAGGAAAACAUGACGGCCGCCAGCUGGAGGAGUGUCAGCGCCAUAUGUGCUUCUGCCUGGAGCCCGAUCGAGGGAGCAAAGCCCCUCUGCCACGAUGGUGGGUCUGAAGCCCCCCGAGGUGCCCCCGACAGCCGCCAUGAAGUUCGUCAGCGCCGGGAUGGCCGGCUGCAUCGCCGACCUCUGCACCUUCCCCCUGGACACUGCCAAAGUGCGGCUGCAGAUCCAAGGCGAGGUGCGGAUCCCCCGGAGCAUCGGCACCGUGGAGUACCGGGGCGUUUUGGGGACGCUGAGCACCAUGGUGAGGACGGAGGGACCCCGCAGCCUCUACAGCGGGCUGGUGGCCGGGCUGCAGCGGCAAAUGAGCUUCGCCUCCAUCCGCAUCGGGCUGUACGACUCGGUGAAGCAGCUCUACACCCCCAAGGGUGCCGAAAGCACAGGGCUGGCAGCGCGGGUGCUGGCGGGCUGCACCACGGGGGCGGUGGCGGUGACGUGCGCCCAGCCCACCGACGUGGUCAAGGUACGGUUCCAGGCCAACGGGGCGCAGCCGGACGGCGUCCGCCGGUACAGCGGCACCGUGGAUGCCUACCGCACCAUCGCCAGGGAGGAGGGCGUCCGCGGGCUCUGGAGAGGGACGCUGCCCAACAUCGCCCGCAACGCCAUCAUCAACUGCGGGGAGCUCGUCACCUACGACCUCAUUAAGGACGCGCUGCUGCGGACGCACCUGAUGACAGACAACGUCCCCUGCCACUUCAUGGCCGCCUUCGGGGCCGGCUUCUGCGCCACAGUGGUGGCGUCACCGGUGGACGUGGUGAAGACGCGGUACAUGAACGCCGGUCCCGGGCAGUACCGGAACGUGCUCAGCUGCUUCCUGGCCCUGCUGAUGCAGGACGGCCUCGCCGGCUUCUACAAGGGGUUCGUCCCCUCCUUCCUGCGGCUCGGCUCCUGGAACGUGGUGAUGUUCGUCUCCUACGAGCAGCUGCAGCGUGUCGCGGUGCUGGCCCGGUCAGCCCAAUCCUGACCCCCAUCCCACCCCAGCCCCUCUCGCCAGCGUUGGCGAGACACAGGAGUAAAUUAUAUUAAUUGCUGAAGCGGCGAGGGAGCAGUGACGCUGAACACCCCCAGCCCGACAGGGAUCCCCCCAAAAGGGACCGGCGAGAUGAAAGGACAAAUGACGAUGUUUGUGGAGAAAUGUGGAAAAACGGAGGUUUCCAGAGCGGAGUUGAGGGAGGAAGAAAAAAGUUUAUGGGUUUUCCAGGCGGGAAGAGCAUCGCUUCCCAGUGGCAGCGGCAGGAACAAGGCGAGCAGCGUGAGCAGAUGGAACCGAUUCGAAGGCUGGGGGAUGCGGCGAUUCCUGUUGUUCCUUAGUGACGCUUCCAAUAAACCGCCCCUAUGGGGUCUGAUCACAGCA